UCUUGUGAUUACAUGGAAGAGAAAGAAGACAGACUCAAAACACACAGGAAAGCACCAAAGCGACAGCUAAAGAGAGAGAGGGUGGGGAAGGUUGCUGGAGGUGUGCUUGUCAUCUUUAGGGCGAGAUGAGAUCGAAAUGGGAACCCUGGGGAUGAAGCGAAUCGGGUUUCAACAUCUUGUUUCUACUUGAUUCUCCACGUUUUCUUCAUCAUUGCCUCCAUUUCGGACGCCUUUUAAUUUCCCUGAUGAAUGCUCCUUCUGAGGUUGGUUCAAUUUCGAUUUUUGAUUUCACUUCUUCUUGAUCGCAUGUUCUAGUCUUGUGGGUUUUGUUUCGCAUGUCCCAAAAUGGGGCUUGUGUGAUUAAAUCUUUUGGUGCUGGUGCGAACGAAGAAUCCGAAACGAAAGAAACCAUGAAAGUUAGCGAGGGAAUGUUGGGGAUUGCGAUUGUUUUCUGGCUCAUCAAUGUAGCCUCCAGUAUGACAGACCCUAAUGACGCCAGAAUCCUGAAUGAUUUCAGAAGAGGGAUGCAAAAUCCAGAGCUCCUGAGAUGGCCAAAUGGUGGGAAUGAUCCCUGUGGCCCUCCUUCGUGGCCUCAUGUGUUCUGCCAUAAUGGCAGAGUCACACAGAUUCAAGUAGCCAAUUUGGGACUAAAGGGAACCCUCCCGCAGAAUUUUAAUCAGCUCACGAAGCUGUACAACCUUGGUCUCCAGAGGAACCAUUUCUAUGGGAGGUUGCCAACUUUCAGUGGCUUGUCCAACCUACAAUUUGCUUACUUGGAUUACAAUAAUUUCGAUACGAUCCCCGGGGAUUUCUUCCGCGGGCUCAGCAGUGUUCGGGUUCUCGCUUUGGAUGAAAACCCGUUUAAUGCCUCCACAGGGUGGUCUAUACCUGAUGACUUGCAGGGUUCAGCUCAGUUGAUGAAUUUUUCGUGUUCGAGUUGCAAUAUAGCUGGAAGGCUACCGGACUUCUUUGGGAAAUUCGCGUCUCUCACUACAUUGAAACUUUCGGAUAACAGAUUAUCCGGAGGGAUACCUGCAAGUUUCAAGGACACCAUGUUGCAGGUUUUGUGGUUGAAUGAGCAAGAUGGUGGGAUGACUGGUCCAAUUGACGCAAUUGGCUCGAUGGUAUCCCUCACUCAGCUAUGGCUUCAUGGAAACAAAUUCACAGGGCCAAUUCCAGAUAAUAUUGGAGAUUUGACUUCUUUGAAGGAUCUCAACCUUAAUGGAAACCAAUUUGUUGGUCUAAUCCCACCCAGCAUGGCCAAUAUGAAUCUGCAGAAAUUGAAUUUGAACAACAAUAUGUUCAUGGGCCCAAUUCCCAAGUUUAGGGCUGGUACUGCAACGUUCUCGUCAAAUUCUUUUUGCCAAGCUACACCCGGGCUGCAAUGUGCCCCUCAAGUCAACGCGCUCUUAGAUUUCCUUCAUGCCCUAAAUUACCCUUCGAAUCUCGCUUCUCAAUGGACUGGCAAUGACCCAUGUAAAGGUUCGUGGUUGGGGGUUGGUUGCAAUGCUAAAGGGGAGGUUAGUGUCAUAAAUUUGCAGAAGCAGAAGCUUAGCGGAACCCUCAGUCCUUCGCUUGCAAACUUAGGCUCGCUGAUGGAUAUUCAUCUUGGAGGAAACAAUUUAAAUGGUCAAGUCCCUGCUAAAUUGACCACAUUAAAAUCCUUGCGAUUAUUGGAUAUAAGUGUAAACAACUUCCAGCCGCCAUUACCCAAAUUCUCGGCUAAUGUAAAAGUGAUUAUUGAUGGCAAUCCUCUAUUGGUCGGCAACCAGAAAAAGGGACCUUCCUCACCAAGUAACAGCCCAUCUGAUGACACAACUCCUGCACCAACUGGCAGUUCAGCCGGUACCUCGCAAUCAUCACCUGGAAGUUCUCAAUCACCAUCUUCCGAUAGCACAGGUUCUAUUGAAGAGCAAACCUUACGGAAACGCCAUAAAAGAUCUGCAGCAAUUCUUAUUGGAGCUACUGCAGCAUGUUCUGCAAUUAUGGUUCUUCUAUUCGUUCUGUUUUAUAUGUACAGAUUUAAGAAGAACAAAAAGAGGGAAGAUAAGGUAGCAGGUCUAAAAGAAAUUGUGAUCCACCCUAGAGACCCAUCUGACCCUGGUAAUGUGGUUAAGGUUGCAGUCUCUAGCAAUACCCCAAGAAUUGCAGAAUUUCGAUGCGGAAAUGGUACAGGAGUGGAAAAUGCUCAAAUGUUUGAUGAUGGGAACCUGGUCAUUUCAGUUCAGGUUCUCCGGAAAGUUACUAAUAAUUUUGCACCAGAAAAUGAGCUCGGCCGCGGUGGUUUUGGUGCUGUUUACAAGGGUGAGCUGGAAGAUGGGACCGAAAUAGCAGUUAAGAGAAUGGAAGCUGGGAUCAUUAGUAGCAAAGCAUUGGAUGAAUUUCAGUCUGAAAUUGUCGUUCUUUCUAAGGUCCGACACCGUCAUCUGGUGUCUCUUUUGGGAUACUCUGUCGAAGGGAACGAGAGGCUUCUGGUAUACGAAUAUAUGCCUCAGGGAGCUCUAAGUAGACAUCUUUUCCAUUGGAAACCCCUUAACUUGGAGCCUUUGUCUUGGACUAGGAGGCUUUCUAUUGCUUUAGAUGUUGCAAGAGGAAUGGAGUAUCUUCACACUCUCGCACAAGAAAGCUUCAUUCACCGAGAUCUCAAAUCUUCAAAUAUUCUUCUGGGUAAUGACUUCAGGGCAAAAGUUUCUGAUUUUGGGUUAGUGAAAAAUGCUCCAGAUAGAGAGAAGUCUGUCGCAACCAGGCUUGCAGGAACCUUCGGUUACCUUGCACCCGAAUAUGCUGUGACAGGGAAAGUUACAACAAAAGUAGAUGUCUUCAGCUUCGGGGUGGUGCUGAUGGAACUUCUGACCGGACUGACGGCGCUGGACGAGCAGCGGUCGGAGGAGAACCGAUACUUAGCCGAGUGGUUCUGGCAAAUAAAGGCAAACAAAGAGAGGCUAAUCUCUGCAAUCGACCCGGUUAUUAAUCUGAAACAGGAGAUCUUGGACAGCAUCUAUGUGACAGCUGAGCUGGCCGGACACUGCACAGCGAGGGAUCCAAACCACAGGCCUGACAUGGCGCACGCAGUGAACGUGCUGGCUCCACUGGUCGAGAAAUGGAAACCCUUCGAGGGGGAGACAGAGGACUAUUCGGGCGUCGAUUAUACUCUUCCUCUUCCCGAAAUGCUAAGAGGGUGGCAAGAAGCAGAAACCAAUGAUUUCAGUGGCACCAGCCUUGGGGACAGCAAAGGAAGCAUUCCCGCCAGGCCUGCCGGAUUUGCUGAGUCCUUCAACUCUACGGAUGCUCGCUGAUACUGAUACAACAUUGCUGCCCUUUCAUUUCAUAAAUUGCCUAUAUUGGCGAUUUUAUUUCUUCUUGUGCCUCAAGGAUUGAAAUGCCGAUAGAUAUAAGGAUUGGUAAAACCGUUCUUGGUUCAGCCGUGAGAGCAGUCAGAUGUUGUUGUGGUCGGGAUUAUACAUUGGGAAAGGGAAUUGUCGAUGACAAUUUUAGUGAAUUUGUCGUUGCUAGGCUCUCACCCCAUGUUGAACAAGCAGAUUUAUUUUAUCUGCAAUAUCAAACAGUUUUUAUUUUUUUGUUAAUCUGCUGAAUCAACCAAAUUGUCACUGUUCUUGAUUUCUUUCUUGUGUUGAAAUGGGAACUUGGC